AUGACAGUGGAUACUGCGGCUGCUCCUGAAAAUAAAAAGAAUAAUCUUUCCAUCACGAAACGAGAUCGACGAGAUGUCAUCCGGCAGGUGCGAGAAAUCACCGGCCUCGAUGAAAAUUCAAUUAAUCAAACAAUCGAAGCAUGUAAAGAUGGAACUGGACGUUAUUCACUUGAACAAGUGAUUAGUUUACUUUUCGAUGAUUCAAAUCUUAGAAAUAAUCUUCAACGAACUGCACAAGCAUCAAAUAAUCCUUCUCAACCAGCAGCCAAUGUACCAGUUAAUAAUACAGCAGCCGCAAGUCCACCGUAUGACAGAAAUAAUGAUACAAUAACAGAUGAUGUUAUUGAACUUGCACCUGAAAUUGAUAAUCAACAGCCAGCAGAUGAUGAAUUAGAACGAGCAAUUUUAUUGUCACGUGAAACAAUGGAACAAAUGAUUGAUGAAUCUGAUAUAGCAGAAAGAGAAUCUUUAGAUGAACCAGCUGGAUUAAAAAAUAUUGGAAAUACUUGUUGGUUUAAUUCAGUUAUUCAAACUCUUUAUACAUUACCGUAUUUUCGUCGACUUAUUUUCAAUUUUCAAUAUCCAACAAUAAAUCAUUCAUUAACUGAUAGCGAACAACAAGCUUUAUGUCUUACUGAAGAAUUAAGAUAUUUAUUUGCAUUAAUGUUAAAAUCACCUAGACGAUCAAUAAAUCCUGAUCGUGCUAUUAAAAAAUUUAAGAACACACGAAAGUUAUGCGGAUUAGAUUUUUCACAUGAAGACUGUUCCGAAUUUGCCACGCAUCUUAUUGAUCUUGUUGAACUUGCUUAUGAAACAAUUGGAAAAACUUCAUUAAACAUUGAUAAUACAUCACCAAUGAAUUUUACUAAUCCUGUUAAUACACUUGUUACAGGUGAAGUUAUUGUUGAAAGAAAUGUAAAUACAUCCGUUCGAGAAGCUUUGAGACAAAUUAAUAUUCAAAUGAUUGAUUCAAGUAAUCUUUAUGAUGGUCUUGAAGCUCUUUGGCUUGGUUCAGCAGAUGAAAGUCUUUCUAGUCAACAAGCUAUUGGUGAACAACGAUGGUUAACACGUUUACCACCUGUUUUAUUUAUUUGCCUUAAUCGUUAUCGUUUUUCUCACACAACAAAACAAGCAUCAAAAAUUAUUGCACCAUUUGAAUUCUAUCCUGAACUUUAUCUCGAUCGUUAUAUGUUAGCAAAUAAAAAUCUUAUUUUAAGUAAACGUAAUAUUGCUAAGACACUUUACGCUCAAUUACAUGACUUAGAAAAGACAUUGAACAGUUAUUUAAAAUACCCGUGUAAUGAUGAAUCAUUUGCACUUGCUAAUGCAAUUCGUGUUGUUUAUGAAUUUGCCACGGGUUGUCGACUUAAUCCAACAUUACCAAAAAGAACUGAUUCAAUUUCAAUUGAUCAAAAUACAACAAAUCGUGUUCGACAACAUCCUAUCGUACCUGUUCAACCAUCGCAUAUAUCUCCUGAAGAACUUCAAUUUAUUCAGAAUACUUUACCGACAUGGUUAACAGAAGUUGAAGCGAAAUGUGCCAAUAUUCGUGAAGAUAUUCGACGUUUAAAAAACGAAUUAAAACAAUUAUAUGAUGAACCACAAUUAAAACAGACGAGUUACACAUUACAUGCAGUUUGUGUACAUGAAGGAAGUGCAACGCUUGGACAUUUUUGGACAUAUGUCUAUCAUACUGAUCGACAAAAAUGGUAUCGUUAUAACGAUAAUGAAGUAUGUGAAACUAGUUGGGCAGAUGUAUUUGAUGCUGGUAUUGGCGGUCAACGGACACAAAAUGAUCGUGAAGAACCACGUGUACCUAGUGCAUAUUUAUUAGUUUAUAUAAAUGCUGAUCAAAAGACAUUAUCAAAUGAUAUACAACAUGAGCUUCCUGUUGAUCUUCAACGAGUUUUAGAUGAUGAUUUACUUUUAUUACAACAACAAGGUGAAAGUAUUAAACUUGAACAACUUCAUAAUGAUCUUAAAUCAAAAUGUGAACGUAUUGAAAAACAACAACCUGUUCAUCGUGUAUUAACAAUUCCUUUUUUUGCUGGACCAAAUGCAUCUAGUGAUUCGGAAAUAGUCAAACCUGUACUUGAUCCAACCCUACGUAUUUUAAAAACAUAUGCACCUAAAAUACUUUCAGUUGACGUUGAUCGUUUACUUCAAGAAAUUGUUGAUAAAGAAAUUAAAACUUAUUCCCCUACAGCGAAUAUAAUAACAUCAGCAUUACCACAUAAUGAUUUGCGUUUACAACAUAUACUUUCGUAUUUCUCAGCAAAUCGUGUUGAAUUAAUUUAUCGACAACGUGCAAUCUAUGAUAUUAUACGACUUACAUCUAUUCCAAAUGAUGAUAUACGAUUAAAAAUAUUUAAACUUCAAGCACAAAUUAUUUGUAAUGAAAUGCCAAUGUCUAAUGAUGAUGUUCAAACAUAUCAAAAACUUUUAACUGAUUAUAAAGAUUUUCGGUCAGUUAUUGCCGCAUUUCUUGCUGGUUGUCAAUUGAUGAAUGAAGAUAAAUUCGAAGAAGCAAUAACAUAUUUUUGUGUUGCAUGUGAAUACAAUUUACGUCUUUCUAAACAAUGCACAUUACCAAUGCGAGCAAUGGAUAGUUGUCUUUUAUUCAAAGCUCGUCGAUUAUGUUUUGAAAGAUGGAAUGAUGUUGUUAUAAAUCGUUUUAAAACUGAUCCUGAUUAUCGUCUUGAUACAAUGACACAUCAAUUUCUUCCAUGUUUAAUGCAACUUAAACUUAGUUCAGAAGAAGAUCAAGCAUAUAUAACGGAAAUUCAACGUAUAUGGUGUUUAUUACUUGAUAAAAUUGAACCUACUGAACGGACAUUAUCACUUGAAGAAUUUCUUCAACGUUUACUUGAACAACCAAUUGGUCAACAUUAUCAUUCAGUAUCAAUAAAUAAACAUCAAUUAGUUGAACGUUAUGAUGAAGCUGUAAAAGAUCUUAUUCAUCGAUAUCCAUCAUUUUCUGGUAAUACAAAUGAACAACCACAAUCACCUAAUCGAUCGAAUCGAACAUCAGUUUUAACUGCACCUGUUUCAAUUCCAGUCGUUAUACAACAACAACAACAACAUUCUGAACCUUCAUCGGAAAGUAUGCCCAUAACUAAUUUACGUGGGUCAUCACCAAUGCAACAAGAUGAUGACGAACAAGACUCAUCUUUACCAACUUCACCUUCAUAA